UCCGGACAAGGGUAUCAUCAAACAUAUGUGUUAUGGGGGUUAAAAACCAAGCAUUAUAAUCGUAUUAACAUUAAGAAUACCAACAUAAUUAUGUUUCAAAUUGGGUCAUUUCAAUGAUUUUCCUGCGAUCAGAGUCAUUUCCCAAGAUUAACGUUUGGAUGUCCACUGUUACGAAAUCUCCCUUUUGCUCGCUAUGUAUGGUUCAUUCCGGAGUUUCGGCAGAAUACAUCGAUUGCUGAAUGAAGAUGGCGGAUUCACGAGCGAUGCUGUCAACUAGACUUGAAACUUAAGCAUUUGCAUAUUUUCUGUCAUUGUGCAUUUCAUGUGGAUAGCUGUCUUCCAAAGACGUACAUUGGCCCUCGUCUUGCGUGCUGCACACUCUGAGGGCUGUCCAUCUGCCUGGCCGUGACCCUCAAUUUGUCCCUUCUACAGGCCUUCUGAGACUGACGGACAGACAGACGCAACACGCCUGAGGGACAGACACAAGGACAGCACCAGAGGAAGUCUCCACAGCAACAAGAGGUCUCCCUGCCUGACCGACUCCGUCAGCUAAGGCCGACACACCAGUUUUCAGGCGUGUUCCUCUCUGCCGCCUUCAAGAUGAACAGGUUGGGCCUCCACAGGGGGCAGUGUUGAAGGCUGAGCCCCAGCCCGCCGAACCCCCAGCCGAGACUCUGCUGAACCCAACACACACGCACAGAAGGUCUGCCACACACACAACCUGAGAGCAGGAGCUACACCCCCACGAUACAACCAGCAUCUCCUGAUAACGGCCGUGUUUACGUGUGUACGAGGGAGCUGUGUGGUGUUCAGUGACGGGGAAAGGAGAGAGGAGAGAAACUGCUGAUCCGCCGAGAGGAGAGGAGGGGAGCGAGCGGAAGAGGAGGAGGAGUGUGUGAGGAACGCAGAGGGAGAAACCCAAUCCUCUUAGGUAGCAGAGCUGAGAGCUGAGGACGGGCGUGCCUGGGAGCCAGAGAGAGAGAGGUAGGAGAGUGCAGAGAUAGAGGGAGCCCAGAGACCAGCCCAGGCUGAGUCGGAGCAGCCAGACAGGCAGCGCGUUGUGCAUCCAAAGAGGUGGAAAGGCGAGCAGGGCCAAAGCCGGAAGGCGACUCAUGGGCUAUGGGGGCCAUGGUGACCUAGCGUAAAUGGCUAUCCCUCAGCACAGCUUGGUGCCCGUGUCUGCUGCUCAACCCUCCCCCUCUCUCUCCUCCUGUGUCCCUGCCCGCUGCUGUGCCCCGUUGCUGUUCGUCCCUGGCGCUGCCUUCUGCUCUGCGCCGGCACUGCCCCUGUCGUGCUGCGGCCAUGGUGGCCAGCCUAUGGAAGCUGGUGCGGGGCGUCAGGCAACUGGAGCUCCAUCGCCUCAUCCUGGCACUCAUCGUCUUCUGCCUUUUCUCUAUGGCUUUCCUGGCCUAUUACGUCAGCAACAGCCCCAAGAUCAAGGAGGCCCCCCCGCUGCCCUUCAGUGACUGUCGGGGGGUGCCGGCGGCUGUGGGAGGUGGGCAGCAGGCGCCCCUUUUCCUGCCUCACUCGGGUCGGCUGCGCCAGGUGAAGGCCAUGGACAACUCUCGUACAGACACAGUGGUGCUGGUGUUUGUAGAGAGCAUCUAUUCUCAGCUGGGGCAGGAGAUCGUAGCCAUCCUGGAGUCCAGCCACUUUAGCUACCGCACCGAGAUCGCCCCGGGGAAGGGAGACAUGCCCACGCUAACGGAGCGCAACCGCGGACGCUACGCCCUGGUCAUAUACGAGAAUUUGCUGAAGUAUGUCAACCUGGACGCCUGGAACCGUGACCUGCUGGACAAGUACUGCAUGGAGUACAGUGUAGGCAUCAUCGGUUUCUUCAAGGCCAACGAGAACUCGCUGCUCAGCGCACAACUUAAGGGCUUCCCUCUCUUCCUACACUCACACCUGGGCCUGAGGGAUUACCGAAUCAACCACAACGCCCCACUGCUCUACAUCACCAGACCCAACGAGGUGGAGCAGGGCCCCCUGCCCGGGGACGACUGGACCGUGUUCCAAUCCAACCACUCCACAUAUGAGCCUGUCCUCCUGGCCAGCACCAAGUCCUCUGAUGCCCUGGCCCACCUGGGGCCGCUCAGUGCUAUGCACGCCACGGUGGUCCAGGACCUGGGGCUCCACGACGGCAUCCAGAGGGUCCUGUUUGGAAACAACCUGUCCUACUGGCUGCACAAGCUGGUGUUUGUGGACGCCAUCGCCUACCUGACGGGCAAGCGGCUCUGUCUCUCGCUGGAGCGCCACCUGCUGGUGGACGUGGACGAUAUCUUCGUGGGCAAGGAGGGCACCCGUAUGAAGGUGACGGACGUAGAGGCCUUGCUCAAUACUCAAAACAAGCUGCGAACGCUGGUCCCUGAUUUCACCUUUAACCUCGGCUUCUCUGGAAAGUUCUACCACACAGGCACAGACGAGGAGGACCGGGGAGAUGACAUGCUGCUAAGACACAGAAACGAGUUCUGGUGGUUCCCCCACAUGUGGAGUCACAUGCAGCCCCACCUGUUCCACAACGUCAGCGUGCUGGCUGAACAGAUGAGGCUCAACAUGCUGUUUGCCCAGGAGCAUGGGAUCCCUACAGACAUGGGCUAUGCUGUGGCCCCCCACCACUCGGGGGUCUACCCUGUCCACAGCCAGCUGUACGAGGCCUGGAAGUCAGUGUGGGGCAUCAAGGUGACCAGCACAGAGGAGUACCCCCACCUCAGACCUGCCCGCUACCGCAGGGGCUUCAUCCACAGUGGCAUCCAGGUGUUACCCAGACAGACAUGUGGCCUCUUCACUCACACUAUCUUCUAUAACGAGUACCCAGGAGGCUCCAAAGAGCUGGACAAGAGCAUCAGGGGAGGAGAGCUGUUCCUCACCGUCCUCCUCAACCCUAUCAGCAUCUUCAUGACCCACCUGUCUAACUACGGGAAUGACCGGCUGGGCCUGUACACCUUUGAGUCCCUGGUGAAGUUUGUUCAGUGUUGGACCAACCUGCGGCUGCAGACCCUGCCCCCUACGCAGCUGGCUGACAAAUACUUCCAGAUCUUCCCUGAGGAGAGGGACCCCCUCUGGCAGAACCCAUGUCAGGACAAGAGGCAUAAAGACAUCUGGUCGAAGGAAAAGACCUGUGAUAGACUACCCAGGUUCUUGGUCGUAGGCCCACAGAAAACAGGCACCACAGCCCUGCACUCAUUCCUGAGCCUCCACCCUGCCAUUACCAGUAGCUUCCCCAGUCCUGUCACCUUUGAGGAGAUCCAAUUCUUUAGCGGGCCCAACUACGACAACGGCAUUGACUGGUACAUGGACUUCUUCCCCUUCCCAUCGAAUGUCAGCACAGACUUCAUGUUUGAGAAAAGUGCCAACUACUUUGACACGGAGGUAGCCCCUAAGAGAGCGGCGGCCCUGCUGUCCCGGGCCAAGAUCCUGGCUGUGCUCAUCAACCCAGUGGACCGCGCCUACUCCUGGUACCAGCACCAGCGGGCUCAUCAGGACCCAAUGGCUAUCAACCACACAUUCCAGGAGGUGGUGACAGCGGGGCCUGCCUCCCCCCGAGAGCUGAUCAUCCUGCAGAGACGCUGCCUUAAACCUGGGGCCUACGCCACCCACCUGGAGCGCUGGCUACACCACUACCAGCCCAGCCAGGUGCACAUAGUGGACGGGUCCCAGCUGCGUUCCAACCCUGCCCUGGUCAUGGAGGGCAUCCAGAGGUUCCUGGGGGUCACACCCAUCUUCAACUACACUCAGGCUCUGACAUACGAUGAAAGUAAAGGUUUCUGGUGCCAGCGGGUGGAAGGUGGACGACCCAAGUGUCUUGGCAAGAGUAAAGGCAGGAAAUACCCUGACAUGACCCCUGAGUCGCGUGCCUUCCUGACGGAGCAUUACCGGGAGCACAACAUGGAGCUGCUGAGGCUGCUGAACCGGCUGGGCCAGCCCCUGCCCGCCUGGCUAAGAGAGGAGCUGCAGAGCUCCAGCUGGAGCUGAGAGUGGAACCACAGUCUGGAAUGGAGCACUGCCCCACCCGGCUUGGCCCGGGGGGAGAGGGCCCUGUUCACCCACACCCACACCAGUCACUACAGAGGGUGGAUGAGGUGAGAGGGCGGGAGGACAGCCCCCUAUCAGGACAAUGGACUCCGAAACGCCACUGUAACAACCAAACCUCAAGGGUGGAAUAAUGACCUCUAAUAAGAGAGUUAAUGAGUUGGACUGAAACACCUUGCAGUCGCACACAUCGUCUUCAUCCAGAAAGUAGAGGACUUGUCUAAGCCUGCAGACGGUUAGACUGACUGAUGCCAGGGUCUGGUAGACUGAGAGGGGGUGGGGGAGGUCUAAUGUCACCCGACUAUUUAACAGGAACUGAACUCACAGGAUAUCCUGUGGCCCUGUAGCGCAUGAAUGAGCUCGGAAACAUACGUGGUCACAAGAUCACACACACACACACACACACUUCUCAUUUCUUCAGAAGAAUGAUUGUAAAACGUUGUACAUUUUAAAUCUGUUGUAUAUUUUGGGCGGGGGGAUGUGACAGAAUAGACAUUGACUAAACGAGACAGCAUACUGUAGUGCUCUGGACAGAGGCGUGUGCCGUAGGAUGGAUGUGGGGUAUUAAUCACAUGCCACAGCACCUCCAGACUCUCUCUGUGCAUUCCACUACCCCAGAGCUGAGGCCAUUCUGACAAACAAACUGUCUACUAAAGGCCACAGUCGACAGAGAAACCACACACUUUAACAUGCACUUUCCCCAACUCUCACAUAGGUACCCAGCCAGUUUAGAGCUGCGUAGAGAGAGGAGGAUGAGCUAGAGGGAGAUGGAAAAAGAGAGGGUCUAUGUCUCUCUGCCUGUGACUGUCCGUCUUAACAGGAGCGGCUGUCUUGUUUUGUUUUGUUUAUUUUGUAAAAACGACAAAACAAAGACCAACGCUGUAUCAUCUCGAAUAAACUCAGAGAGGUUGGAAUGGAUUGUUUAUUUAUUUUACCCACAGCUUCUGCAUGUCUGUCAAUGCAGGAGCCACUGUCUUACCCAUCUGAUGCGGUCUACAGAAGACUGGAAUGGAAACGGCAGUACCUCCAGUGUUUGACGGACAGGAGACUAGAGGUACAUAUUAUAGUCUGCAGUACAGUAAUUCUACUCUUCAGGAAGGCAUCUUUUCAAUGUAUUAUUCCACAGGAUCUUUCAUUUAUGUAAGUGAUGAAGUCAGAGACGCUGGUGUUUGGCUCGGGCCGGCAAACUGUGCCAAUAUAUCCACCAAACACCGGCUUCGAGGGCACGAUCACUAAACUAUGUCGCAUGACGAAUCUGUGUGAAACCUGUUAAAUGGGCAGAUCAUGUUCAUUAUUCACGGUCCAGUGUUAACAAGGGACUUGACCACAAUCUCCAAAGUCCCUUAGCUGGAUAGACUCCAGUAGCAGUGCGUGGGUAAAAUCACUGGGGAAGCCAAGCCCCCCUCCCCCCUCAAAAAAUAAGCCAUAUUACAAGCAAUGUGUUACCUUACUCUGCGUUGGUUUGACACAGACAAGAUACAUUUCUAUCCUGGAUGGAUGGACUAGCACACACUUACUUACAUGAAAAUGACAAAACUGACCACUUAUGUUGAAAUGUAAUUUUAAUGAAAUACUUCUCAGAUAGUUUCCAUAAUAACAAAGCUAUGAUGAUCUACUAACAUUCAAACAAACACUUGAUCGUUUAAGUCAUGGUUUUAUUUAUUAUAUGGUCAUGCAGAAAUCCAGCAUCCAAAUGAAAACGGAGUAUAGUCAUAUGUAUCCUUACUAUAUGAUUACAAUUAAGUAAAUAUACCUUUUUUAUUUUAUUUUUUGUACUUUUUUUUAAACGUGAUAUCACUUCAUUUCAAUAUUUGAGACGGAGACAUUUUCAUUGAUCUUGAGGAUGCAAGUAACAUAUAGAUUUCCAUUUUUUUAAUCAAGUAAACACAGACAGUGAAAAAUAUUACCAGAAAGUAGACAUGCAUAUUUCUUUCUCUUGUAAAACUGCAUAUAUAGUUGUUAAAGUGUGUGGCUUUUAAUGUAUUUUUCAGUAUUUGUUUUUGUAAGUAUAUCAAGGCCCUCUUCCUGUCCUGCUAGCUAGUUAGGGAGGCUAUAGUAUAAUCCAAGGUUAACUAUCCUUCCCUCAAUAACUAUUUCUCUCCUCUUCUUCCCUUUGAAUUCUUUUGAAGAGUUGAAGUAAACCGCAUAGUAGUUCUCAUUCCCAUGGCUGUGUGAACACCGACGCAAUGAAUGGAAGCAUCAGGCCCAGUGGGAGAGAGAGAGAGGCCAGUGCCCACAGCACAAAGUCAGGAAAAACUAUUUGAGCCAAAAAAACAUCACACAGUUCAGUACUGUAUACAUUGCAUUAUGGUGCAAAAGGGAAACAGUUUUAUGGCAGAUAUGUCACAAUGCGCAGUAGGGUGGGCGGGGCCAGUUAUGACCAUGAUAUGAACACCGAGCACAGGUUUUUUUUUAACGUGUUUCAUUCAACAUGUUUUGAUAUAAUUUUCUAUGACCAAGAGUCUCAUCGGUAGGUUGUUGUCUUUUCGGUGCCCGGCCUUCCACAGGUUCAAUGGAACGCCAGUACUAUGGAGCUGCUUGGCACAGAAAUGAAGGGGUUAACAGCAAGCUUCACCCCUCUGGCGGUACAAAGUCACAAGUUGCUACAACACAGUGAAAAACAGUGUUCCAAUGUUUUACCAUUAUCACAAAGAUAUGUUUUUAAAGGGAGAUUGUCUUUAGUGUAUAUUUUUGUGUGUGUCUCUCAUAACAAACAAAUAAACGCAACAAUUUCAAAGAUUUUGCAGAGUUACAGUUCAUAUACAUAAAUUAGGCUCUAAUCACAUGACCGGGCAGGGGCACAGCCAUGGGUGGGCCUGGGAGGAGAGCAUAGGCCCGCCCACUGGGAGCCAGGCCCAGCCAAUCAGUGUUCUUUCCCCACAAAAAGGCUUUAUUACAGACAAAAAUACUCCUCAGAAGCACCCUCCCUCCCGUUAAUGGUAAAACAUAGGAACACUCCUCAGCAGCAGCCCCCUCGAUCCCUUAGGUGAAGAAGCAGGAUGAGGAGGGCUGGCGUGGUUACAAGUGUUCUGCGGUUGUGAGGCCGGUUGGACAAACUACCAAAUUCUCUAAAAUGUUAUGCUAGAGAAAUGAACAUGACAUUUUCUGUCAACAGCUCUGGUGGACAUUCCUGCAGUCAACAUGCCAAUUGCAUGCUCCCUCAACAUUGUGUUAUGUGACAACUGCAGCUUUUAGAGUGACCUUUUAUUGUCCACAGCACAGGGAGCACCAGCUUCGUCAUAUGCCACACCACAAAUUUGUGCUCAAAAUUUGAGAUAUUUAAGCUUUUUGUGAGUAUGGAACAUUUCUGGGAUCUUUAUUUCAGCUCAUGAAACAUGGGACCAGCACUUUACAUGUUGCGUUUAUGUUUUUGUUCAGUGUAUAUAUAUAUUCAAAUAUAAUUUGCAUUGGGA